AAGGUGAUAAAAGAUAUGUCUGAUAAUAUGAAAAUGAAAUUUGACAAAUACUGGAAAAACUAUAGUAUUGUGCUAGCAUUUGGAGCUAUUCUUGAUCCACUCUUGAAGGAUAAAUUUUUGAAGUUUUGCUAUACUACACUUGAUGCCUCAACCUCUGAAGGGAAACUUAAGAAUGUAAUGGAUAAAUUCAAAGGGCUUUAUGAAGAAUAUGUGAGUUAUUCUACCAAUCAAAGUGUUUCUCUUUCUCAACCAUCUAAUGAGUUCAACACAUUGGCUAAGCUAUCUAGAGAGGGGAAUAAAGCUAAAAAAUCAAAGAUUAUAACCGAUUUUAAAACAUGGAACUCGAUUGAGAGUAGGUUUGUUCUUGGAAAGAAUGAAUUAGAUAUAUACUUUGACGAUGAAUUACUGGAGCUAAAUGAAGAACACUCUGAAGAUUUUGAUGUACUUCUUUAUUGAAAGUUUAAUGAGAAAAAGUUUCUGAUACUCUCCAUAAUGGCACGCGAUGUGCUUAGCAUUCCUAUCACGACUGUAGCAUAUGAGUCUUCUUUCAGUAUCGGUGGACGUGUUCUUACGAAAUACAGAAGUUCUACUCUUCCUGAACACAUCCAAAUGUUGAUUUGUACUCGAAGCUGGUUGCAUGGAUUUUCGGAAAAUAUGAAUGAUGAGGAAGAUAUCAACACUAAUGAUGAAGGCAAUACUGAGGUGACAAUGACUCAACAUACAUUUGGAUUGCAAGAUUGAAGUGGAAGACUAAUUUUAGUGCCAUAUACUUUAUUCUGGUUGUUGAAUUUAUCUUUUCAUGUUUUUUUGGUUGAAUUAGU